AUAUUUCAGAAGCCUUAUUAUACCCUUUACCUCCAUCCUUACCUAUAUCACUUCACAAUAGCCUAUUACACAAAAUACAAGAAACCUCUAUCUCUAAAAACAACAUACAAGAAUCAACACCAUACAUAUCUACUAAUAAUCAAGACAACCUAGAUUUUCUUGAUAACCAUACUCUACCACAAGUACCUACAUUAACACAACCUUUUUACGACCUUCAUUUAAACAUUU